CUCUGGCAACAGUCCAGCACCUGUCCAGCAACAGUCCAGCCCCUGUCCAGCUCAUGUGGCUUUGCAAUCGCAUGCGAUGAAAUUACAUUGACUAAUAUUUGAAGGGGUGAAGGCACUUCUACUAUUGGAAGAGUCAGGAAGUCAGAGCUUGUAAGCCUAGUAAAGCAACUGAUCUACAAGAGGUGUACUUUGAUUUCAAACUUCCGUUAUUUUGCGAUCCCGAGGCUUCAAGAAUCAACAUCCAGGAAAAAAUCAGAAUUGAACGAAAUAUGUUAGGCGUUGAGACUAUCCAAUAUGAUGUUCACAUCUACAUAUACUGAUACAGAGUUGGUGCCACAUUUAUUGCUGAGAAUUCCUUUCGAUCACACAAGCAAAUUCAAGAGAUGGACCAUUCUGCUAGAGCGAUCAAUUAUCAUUAAUAUGACAGACCAAUGCUUUGAGAAUGUGACUCGCAAUGCCCUGGAAGUAGCCUAUAUAGAAAUGACGAAACUCUGGCCACCACUUGUGCACAUCUUUCUAAAGUUUCAAUGAAGGGAUAAACCAAACAUAUAAGGAAUUUUAUUUUUUUUUUAAAUUAAAUUGAAGAUGAGACCUUAUUUAGAAUUUAUAGACAUUGUUUUACAACUUCAAUAUUUAGAAGACAUUAAAGAGUUGUGUCAGAAUGUUUUGGUGGAUAUUGAUUCGCUCCAGAAAAGAGGCCAUCUAUGGAUUGAGGACAAAGAGACGUCUACGUAUACAGAUCUCAAACAAUAUAUUAAAGAUAAAAGUUCAGAAAUGUUACAAAAUUGCCUUUCUAUGAUACGUAAGUUUAAAGAUAGUAAAUUUGAUCAGUUCACUGAGGCUAAUCCACUUUUACAAGAAGUCGAUCAUGAAUCAGCCUCAACUAUAAAUGAUCCACAGAAUGACAGCUUAAAGGUCAAAAUGAACGACAGAUUAAGAACUACACAAUUAGAAAAGAUUUUUCGAAAACUAGACGAACAAGAAAAGAUGAAAGACAAAAGAGAUGUAAGAACAGAAAUAUCGCUGGAUGACUUUCAAAAUGUCGAAAGCAAAUAUAUUGAGUUUUACGAAGAAUUAAUGGCAGAGCUUGACUCUAACAGCAGUUUCAUGUCUCAACUAAACACACAGUGUCAUACAUUGUCAGCAGAACUAAAGUAUACCACAGAACAUAAAUCAUUACAACAAAGAAAGGUAGAAAGCAUUACUAGCUUGGCGGAGUUACUUUUCCAAAAGCAAUACAGGUUUGGUAAAAAGUGUCAAGUUGUCCUACACAAUCAAGACGACUUCAGUCACAGCAUACAAGACUUCUUAUCGCAAAAGGAUUCUUUUGAAACAAGUGAUGAAGAAUACACUAGGAUUAAAUUACAGUUGGUACGCAAAGGGAUUAAAACAAAACAAUCAGCCAGAAACUUAAAAGAUAUCAAGAGAAUAGAGAACGUGAAUUUGGAUAGCAUACCAGAGUUGUUCUUUUGUGUAUUAACUGGUCAAUCAAAUGUCAAAUGUAAUGAAGACUGUCCUCAUGUUAUAGGUCAUCAUGAGCAACAAAUAUCAGAAGGUGGAGAGGAUGACCUAUAUAAGCAUUUGGAAAACUGUAUAAAGAAUCCAGGUCACACACAGUUUAUCCCUGUCGAUAUGUUUAGUCUAGAACAUCUUCCUGAAGUUCAUCGCGACAAUGACUUAUAUACAUUUGUAAAAGCUGUAGCUGACCUGACAGUUAAAGUCAGCGUCACACUGGUCAGUCCACAAAGGCCAGAAUUUUGGCCGGAUACAAAUAUUCCUUACUUUUUGUACAACAUGAAGGGGAGUAAAUCUUUAAGAACCGGAAGUGGGAUAGUGAAAGCAGUGAUAAAGUGGAAAAGGGGAAGAUGUCCAAUUGAUAGGUAUCAAAAUCCAUUCAAGCCAGAGAAACAGUGGUGGACAUUAAGGGUACUAACGGCAGCAAAUGUAAUUUUUGACGACUCUGAGGCGAACCACACAACGUUAAGAUUGUUUUAUGACAAAGAAGAUAGCCCAGAAGUUGUCGUAAAUGUGAUGAUUAGCAAUGUAUCAAAGGAUAUCAAUAACGACAUAUCUUUGUUGGAUUGCGUCACUUGUGAGCUAAAUCUAAAUGUCGUCAACAGGCUAAGGGAAAUGGUGAAACAUUAUGAUGAUCUGUAUGAGAAGGUGGCACAAAAAUAUGAACAGUCUAGAGACAUCGACAAGUUGAUGUUUAUAGUGUCACAUCCUCAUGGAUGUCGUAAACAGGUUAGCAUUGGUCAAUGGAAGGACCAUGUUCAAUUUAGUGAUUAUUUCGACCGGUUUACAUACACGACAUGUACAUGCCCAGGAAGUAGUGGAGCCAGUGUCCACUGUUUGGGAUAUGGAUGGUAUAUUCAUUGUGGACGUUUGCAGACUGGACUUCAUUAUAGCAGUACUUAAACUAAAUCAAAUGUGUUUAUUGUUGUGUAUCCUUAUAAAAAAUAUAAACAGACUCUACAUUAAUGGAAAUGAAAUAAUUUUUGACAUCUCUGCGUUGCUUGUCUUUGUUUACGUAAAUAUUAUGUACAAUAAUUUAAUUCAUAUUUGAAGAAAUGAAAUUAUUACAAUCAUCUUUUGUCAAUUAAAAAAACAAAACAUAAAUAAUGAUAGACUGCAUACUGUGAACGUUACAUUGUCAAUGUAUUUUAUGGUUAGUAAUGUAUUAAUAACCUUCCCUCUCACCAUUGUGUAGCCCCUACAUCCAUAUAAAGACCACGCGUGCUGUUUGUUUUAUAAAUAUAAAAAUAUAGAUUUUCUUACCUAAUCUCCAUUGAUUAACACAUCUUUGCAUAAUAUGAUAACAAAAUAGAAAAACUUUUUUACGUUCAAAUGAUAUAAUAAACGAAACAUUCAUAUUUUAGUUGAAAAAAAAAACGAGAAAAAUGGCCCGAAGCUCUAACAACUUAGAUGAACAGUCAUAAAGUCAUAUUACUAUGUUCCAAAUGUCAGUUGAAAUUAAAUUAUUCCAAUUUUU